GACGCAAGUCGUCAUGUGCUGCGCUUGCAGACGCGUGCGGAAAGCGCAGAGAUGAGGCUGGAGGAGGCUCGUUUCCUUCUGGCUGAGGCUGCGAGGGCAGAAGCAGCUGAGAUCCAAUGUGCGGAAACAGCUCGCAUGAGCCUAGCUGAUCUGGAGACCCGAGCCCUCGCAGCACAGUCAGACAAGUCCGGCUGCGUGAGCUGGGCUUGGAGCACACGUGGUGAAAAGCAGUUGACUGACAAAGGCAUGACUGUCCUUAAGGCAGAUCCGGAUGAACCAGCGGCUGCGGUUGCGGAUGAGCAGCCAAGGGCUCCAGUUGUGGGUGAUGCAGCCCAGGAGGCUGUGGUUGAAGCGCCAAAGACUCCAGUGAGGUCCAUUUGUGGCAGAGAAGCCCUCGGAUUCAGCACGGAGAAAGUGCAUGGCAGGCACAACUUUGGUGGCAGGAACUUGUGCAAAUGGUGCGAGAAGGUCAUGCGCCAGCAAGACUGUCGUCGCUACUUAGAGCUCACGGAGGAACAGCGGCAGAAGAUUGCUGAGUUGUCAGCCCAAGCCCGGUCCAAUUGUGACGAGCACCAUGAGGACAUUUUGCGGCAGAAGCGCUUCGCAGAAGCUGUUGCCGAAGCUGUGAUCAAACGGAUGCGUCGGCGAGACCUAACUAUUGCGGGGACUUUGUCUUCAGUUCAGUUUAACAAGUUAGUCAACAUGGCACAAGCUGCAACUGCCCAAGCCUUGGGCAACGAGUUGGAUCAAGCAGCUCAAAGACAGCUGGGCUCUUCAUCCGCAAACAAGGACGCACGGAAGAAUUGGAAACUGCGGGCGAGCAGACACUUUUUUCAGUGGCUUCCCGCUGCGGAGCAAGAUAAGAUUACCCCAGGUGCUCCUGCGCUGCGUACUGGCUUGAUGGAUGCCAAGUCUGCAGAGCUAUUGGGAGUAGCAUGGGCUCCUGCCCCGGAAGGUCACCCGGCAGAAGCAGAGGUGUGGCUUCCGCCCAAGGCGGUUGAAAAGUCCACCGGAAUGACAGCUGCGCAUCGUCGCAAAUUGUCCAAGGAGCUGACGGAACGCUUGGUGGCAGAGGCCGAGACGGCCGAAGACGUGUCAGCUGUACUAACCCUUUUGCAAAAGCAACUUGCCCGUCAGUUUCCAGAGUCAGCAGCUUCAUCCUCAGACUGUCCCGCUUGCCAGAGAAUAGCGCCAGCAUUGGCGAACUUUCGCGCCAAACUGUCAGGCGAACCUUUGCAUGCUUUUGAUGUGAGUGUGACAACCACAGUUGAUACGUCCUGCCGCAAAGUACGCUUAUGGGGCUUGCCCAUCUCCAGGGAAAAGUGGCGCCAAGCCAAGGCCAAGGAUGGGGUCAUCAAAAGCCGUCGCGGGAGGAAGGCCAAGUCUGACGACCCCAAAGUCAUCCAGCAAGUCGUCGAUUGCAUUUUGCAACAUAGUCAGGAGAGCAGCGUGUGGCUGAAAGCUGAAGGGCGCAACGCCCGGCACCUCACGACUUCGUUGUUGAGAGCUUAUUGGGAUGGCAAUCUGUGCAAUGUGGUUGCUUGGGCUCAGUUCCACAAAAUCGUCAAGACGCGGUGCAAGUGGGCAAUCAAACCGCAACGUUUGACAGACUACUCGCCCGACAGUGACAAAGUUGACGAACUCCUGUGUAUGCGACGGUUUGUGCAGGGACAUGCGGACAAGAACCGCUUGCAACGAGAACGUCGCCUCACUGGCCCCCAAAGAGUCCAUUUGCAUGAGACGGAGGCCAAAUUGUGCCAUCGUAUGUCCUGGGAGAUACGUGUAGCUGAGAGUUACCGGUGGCACAAGCUGGUGGCCCGGCGGCAAGCGCAAGCUUUUGAAAAAUGCCUGCAGGACUUGUCUCCAACCCAGGUUCUGCUGUGGAGUGAUUUUAAGCAGAACCUGACCAUUCCAAUGGCCCAUGCAGAAACUGGGCUCAUGUUUUAUGGAACCAGCCGGAUGGAGAUGACCUGCUGGGGAUGCAUCCUUUUUCAAAAGCAAGGCGAAGUUCUUUGCACCAAGCACAUCCUGGUGCUCUCUUCUAUCAUCGAACACAGUACAUUGGUGUCUAACCUGUUGUACAAGGAGGUGGCCAAACACAUUGACAAUUUUGAUGCCAUUUCUGAAGUCAUCGCCUGGAGCGAUUGCGGCCCCCACUACAAGUCGUAUGACCACUGUGCUGGCUGGAUUGGGGAAUGGGUGGAAGCUUCUCCAAACAGGACUAUCCGUUUAUGCUUUUUUGGCGAGAAGCAUGGAAAAGGCCAGGUUGAUGGACUCUUCGGUGAAGUGGAAGGGUGGCUUCGGGAUUAUUUGAAAACACCUGGCCGCCGCAUUGCUGCAAUAGAUGAAAUGGAACAAGUGCUACGCUCCUACGCGCGAAAAGCACAGGAAACUUCGUCAGGACGGCAGUAUGUUGUCAUUCGGUGGGAGCCAGAUUGCAAGCCAAUUGGGCGCUGGGUCUUACCAGAUCCUGGGUUUCAGAUCUCCAAGACCUACUGCUUACGCAUUGUGCCGGGGAACCCUCGCUUGGUGAUCCGCACCACCCUUAUAGAAGACCACACUUUUGCAGAUGUCGUGGGGCACGGACAGGCUCCGAUCAAAACAUAUCCGAAAGUCGAGUGGGCAAGCAUUGAGGACACCAAGUGGAGACAAGGCUUUUUUUCCAACCGACACUGGGACAAGAAGGUGCCUAAACAGGGAGAGGAGGACACCGUGAUGAAACGUUUUGAUGAACAUAAACGUCGCCGCAUGAAACUUCCUGAUUUGGAAACAGCAUGGGCCCGAACAGCCCGAAUAAAUGCAGGCAAGCUUCUCCGGCGAAGAGAGAAAUGGCAGCACAUGAAGGAACAAGCCGCUGCAGAGGGCGGCGGGUAUGCUUCCUUACAGCUUCUGGACUUGCAAGGCCAAAUGGCCUUGUACGAGUCUGCUUUCACACUGCAGAAGCAGUGGCUAGACUUAGUGCUAGCAGGGAAGAAAUGCUAUGAGCUUCGCACGCAACCUUGUCGUCGCUUGGGCCAUGACAUUGCUCUACUCCAAAGUGGCAGCAAUGUGGUCCAAGGUGCUGUCAGGCUCACCGGGUGCAAGUGGCUCACGAAGGCGAAGUUGGUUGCCUGUCAGGACAUGCACCUGGUGCCAGAGCAUCAGCUUGCAAUGUUCUUGGCUGAGAAGUCUGGCACGGCAGGCUGUUACGCGUGGGAGUUCCAGUCCCCGCGGCAGCUUUGGGAACACGGCAUAGAGGUGCAACGGAAGGAUGGCAGUGUGAACUGGGUCAAGAUGCAGCCUGAUGUCCACGCCUCUGUCUGCAGAGUGCUUUACCCAACGCCUGGGCAUGACCGCAACUUUGAACUUGAAGAUGUCUAUGACCCUUCUUCGGUUGACCCUGUGUCUGGGCACCUUCUAGUACCAGAAGCUGGCUUCAACCGCUUGUUGAAGCAUCUUUGCGAGAUGGGAGAGCAGGUCAAGGACUUACAGAACAGAGUUGCGGUCUUGGAAGCGCCCAAACGUGCUUUCUGCAUUGACCAGUCCAAGAACCGAAACCCUACCGGUAGCAAAGAGCCCUUGUUUCAGCAAUGCCAAGGCUGUGGGGUCCCUCGAUCCCGUCGGUCAGCCUGGUACCAGUGCAAGCAGGGAAAGAUUACAGGCCGUUUCUGUAAGAAGUGCAAAAAGAAGAAAGCCCUUGAAAACAAGACUCGACAGAAAGCCCAUAACAAGGGUCCUCAAAAGAUCCGCGAGAGUCAGAAACCAGUCAGAAACCAGCUGGGCCGUGCCAUCCAUCAUGAAUG